AUGAUGCAAACUGAAUUAAAAUAUGAUCAAAUACAGACAACUAUGACAGACUUGCAGCUCAAAGUGGAAAAAUUAGAGAGCAAACUAAAUGAUUUGGAAGAUCGUUCCAGGAGAUCUAAUAUCAGAAUCCGUAAUAUCCCUGAAAUAGUUAAUGAUCCAACACUGAAAAAGUUUUUAAUGGAUUAUUCUGAGUCGUUACUCGCUGAAACUGGACUAAAAGAUUUUGAAUUAGAAAGAUUCCACAGGUUCCCUAGACCUCGAAAUAUAGCAGAACCCUCACCAAGAGAUGUAAUAGUAAAAUUCCAAUCUUUUUAUCUCAAAAAUAAAAUAAUGGGGAUAUUAAAAAAUAAACCGGUAUUGGAACAUAGGUUCAAGGAUUUAAAGAUAUUCCCAGAUCUAUCAUUUUACACAAGAUCAUGGCGGAAAGGUUUUAGCCAGGAGUUGUCUACUUUAAGAGCAAGAGAAGUGAAAUACAUAUGGGGAUUUCCCAAAUGCCUUAGGAUCUUUUGGCAAGAAAAGACGGAAAAAUUUAUAACAUCGGACUCCCUGAGAAAGUGGAUGGAAGAAAAACACAUGUUUGGAGCAGCGUAA